AUGUCUUCGCCAAACUUGCUCGAGUCUUCGCCAGUGUCUUUGAGCUCACAGCGCCGCCGUAAAUCUGCAUUCACAUACCGCCAACUGGCUCAACUCGCAACCUCUACUACAUCAUGUCCGCUGCGAGUCAUCGCUCACAUCGACCUCGAUGCGUUUUACGCCCAAUGCGAAAUGGUUCGUUUGGACAUACCACCGGAUAAGCCGCUCGCCGUUCAACAGUGGCAGGGGCUCAUCGCGAUCAACUAUCCCGCACGCGCUUUCGGCCUGAAUCGACAUGUCACUAUCACCGAGGCAAUUAAGCAGUGCCCGGAUUUGAUCAUGCAACACGUUGCUACUUGGAAAGAGGGAGAUGAGAAAUGGGCAUAUCAUGAAGAUUCGUUCAAGAACAUGGCUACACACAAGGUCAGUCUUGACCCUUACAGGCUCGAGAGCAGGAGGAUUUUGGCUACAAUCAAGGAACAUUUGCCGGCCGCUCCUAUCUCCAAGGUCGAGAAGGCCAGCAUUGACGAGGUCUUCCUGGACUUGUCGACCCACGUACAUGGUAUCAUGCUGGAGAGGUUUCCGGAGUUGAAGGGCCCUCCACCUUACGAUGAUCCUACGGAACAACUGCCUCGUCCUCCCACUACUGCUUUGGAAUGGCAAACCGAUGCCCUGGUCGAUUUGGACUCCACCGAAACUGAGGAUGAUGAUCCGGACUGGGACGAUGUCGCCAUGGUCAUUGCCUCAGAGAUAGUACGAAGUGUCCGAGCCAAAAUCUUUGAGGCUCUGAAAUACACAUGUUCCGCCGGAGUCGCGCGGAACAAGAUGCUUGCGAAACUUGGAUCUGCUCACAAAAAGCCUAACCAACAAACCAUAAUUCGCAAUCGGGCUGUGCAUCACUUCUUGAGCGACUUCAAAUUCACCAAAAUACGGAAUCUCGGUGGUAAACUUGGAGAUGAAAUUGUCGCAGCUUUUAGCACUGACACGGUCAAAGACUUACUUGAGGUGCCUGUCGAACAGCUCAAGAAAAAGAUAGGCGAUGACACUGGCACAUGGCUUUACAACAUUAUCCGUGGCGAGGAUCAUAGUGAAGUCAAUCCUCGAACACAGAUCAAAUCGAUGCUCAGUGCAAAGUCGUUUCGACCUUCUAUCAACACGCUUGACACAGCUGUGAGAUGGAUUCGCAUCUUUGUUGCGGACAUAUUCUCUCGACUAGUGGAAGAGGGUGUUCUAGAGAACAAGAGACGACCAAAGACACUCAACCUGUAUCACAGACAAGGUGCGCAGACCAGGAGUAAAUCGGCUUCUAUACCUAUGGGGAGGGCAAUGGACGAGACCCUGCUGUUUGACAUUGCCAAAGGACUACUCGCUCAGGUCGUUUCAGAGGGCCGAGCAUGGCCGUGUGCAAACCUAUCACUCAGCGUCAGCGGUUUUGAAGAAGGUGUGACCGGCAACAAAGGUAUUGGUGGGUUCCUGCUCAGGGGAGACGAAGCGAAAGCGAUAUCAGCUGCCGUCAGAGAACCAUCAGAAGUACGCAAUCCGGAGACACCUCCACCAAGCAAACGCAGGCGGGUCGAGGAAAGCGGUAUACAGAGAUUCUUCGGAGCUAGGCAAGAAAGCUCGGGUGGUAAUUCCGAAAGAGAAGAACAACAAGACUUUCACAUGAAAGAUGAGAUCAGAGAGGCUCAUAGUCCCUUCGAUGUCCCUCCUUCUGCGCAAUUGGCAUCGGACGAUACGCCGAAAGCACAUGCAGAAAUGCAAAGCGGGCAUUCGGAUGAUGACCCUAGUCGAUAUACAUGCUCUCGGUGUAACAGCACUUUACUGGUCACUGAACAAGGCGAACAUGAUGAUUGGCACUUCGCCAAGGACCUGGCGGCUGACCUCGCAGCAGAGGAACGAACGAAUACAGCAGCGCGGGAACAGAGUCGGCCAGCAAGUAUAAGUUUGAGUACUCAACCCAAGGGGAAAGGGCGAGGGCGACCUCCAAAUGUUGUAAAGGCAGAGAAAGGGCAGAAGAAGUUGCAGUUCGGUUAA